UUCUUUUACCCCCUCAGCCACUGACUGACAUGGCUUCACUUACAAAAGUUAAAAUGUAGUAAAAACCUUGUAGAUUUUCACCUCAAGGAAGGCGUUUUUACUGGUUGUAUUUCAAUGAGACGUUAAAAAACAUGCUUGUGUGCAUUUUUUAAAUUGCUGUCAUUUCUCUCUGCACAACAGGCAGCAAAAGCUGAUGCUGCAGAGGUUGAUAUUGUACUUUUUAACACGAGACUGACAGAAAAAUGGUCAGUUCUCUUGUUGCUCAUGUUUAAAUCCACACCCAUAAGCUGUGAUUCAGCAAAUUCCCAGAGUAACACUGGUUUGAAACCCGGGUUCCUCCUUGUCCUGUCCUGCCGGGGGUGGAUUUCCUCUUGAGAAGCCAAUGAACAAAAGCUUAUUUAUUUCUGGACGUGGUGAAGGGGAAACUUGCUCCAGCAUCUCUCCACCUCUUCCUGCAGAGUGCUAGCUCUCUUUUGCACUGAUCAGGUCAUGAAUGAAAAUGGAAGUGAGUAGCAGCAGAGCUGGGGUAUAAAAACUGUUUCAAACGGUGCUCCCUGGCUCUGUUCUACACUUCAUAAAUAAUAGCUCUCACCUCAUUUUAGCUACGAAGACAAGCAAAAGCAAGCUGCCUGUGUCUUUCUUCAGCAAACCUAAGUGCUCUCUCAGAGAGGCAGGACUGAGCACUCUUAUUAACUGACAUUAUCGAGGAAAUUCGCUUGCUUGCUUCUUUUGGCUGCAAUUUUUGUGCUACAGUUGUGGCAGCAUCUUGAUGGGGAAGCUGAUCUCUAAAGACCGGCGCAAAAGAGAUGCUCGAGUUGUCAUGCUGGGGCUCGACUUGGCUGGCAAAUCCACCCUUCUGUACAAACUCAAGAGCGGCCAGGCUGUGGAGACCUGCCCAACGGUUGGCUUCAACGUGGAGUCUCUGCAGACACCCUGUGGUGUAUCCUUCACCCUCUGGGACAUUGGCGGACAAGACAGCCUGCGGGCAAGCUGGCCUGACUACCUGGAGGACACCAACACCCUCAUCUUCGUGCUCGACAGCACAGACACAGCGCGGCUGCCUGAGGCGGCGGCAGUGCUGGAGGAUGCCCUGAGCCACCCCAGCAUGGCUGGCAUCCCCGUCCUCCUGCUGGCCAACAAGCAGGAUGUGCCGGGAGUGCUGGCUCCGGCCGAGCUGGAGGAGAAGCUGUGCUGGGGGCAGCUGGCCAGGCGCCGCUGGGUGCUCCAGGGAUGCAGUGCCCACACUGGGCAGGGCCUGCAGGAAGUCCUGACCAUCCUGGGAUUGCUGCUGCGGGGUCUGGGGCAGAGCUUACCGUCCCAAGAGCAGCCCUUCACAGGGCCAGUGGGGAGCAGGCAAGCUCCAGAGCAAAUCUGAACCUCGGAACCAUCUUUCCCAAUCAUGGAGGAUCCCAGCCGCUGGAUACCCCCUAACCUGAGCAGAUCUGCAGCUGGUACACACCAUGGAACGCCCAGCCACUCACCACUGAAACCCACCAAGACAACCUCUGAGCAGAACUCCCAUCAUGGAGCAUUCUUGGCCCCGUCGCUUGGACUCUCAUCACCGGCUGCAGUUUGUCUGCUUUUGCCAGGCUCUGUUCAUCCACUGUGUGCAUGUCCAGUGCUUCAGUGGGGAUGCUUUUUGUCAGAUUGAUAUAAACUAUAACAGAGAUGUGCACAACAGACAGAAGAAGUUUUAUUCUUUCUGUGGCUCCCAGCCCAGAUGCAGAUAUCCUGAUGGGGUGAUCCCCACAGGGGGGUGUUUGAAUGUGUCCCACGCUGCUUCUGUCUUUGCUUGAAUCACAUGUUCAUUGGUGGAAAAGCAAACAGCCUCUAAAAGAAAUGGCUAAAUGGGAGCAGCAGAAGCGCAGGACUUGAAAUGUUAAGCUAAUUGAUGUUAGUGCAGCAUCUGCAGGUAUAAACUUCAAGGCAUGGAAGCAAGUAAGGAUUUGAUGGUGUAAUGCGGUUUGAGGAUGUGUAUGUAAUUUCUGCGUUUCUUGUUCUGGGUCUUUCUUUUCUACUCGCUACUUUUAUCCAAACCGAUUUAAUGAAAAUGGUACCUCAUCUUCCUUGUAUUUUAUUUAAAUAUGAAGAAAUUAAACCUGA